GCUGAGUAAUUAAUUAAUUCUAAACUAUGACUAAAGAAUGAGGAGUAAUAUAAAUCAGCUAAGCAGCAGCUGAGGAGGACACAAUCAAAAAUAAAGGUCAACAACAGAUCGAACAUGGGUAUGAGUAAGGCUUGGGUGUUCGUAGUGGUGGCUUUCCUUGGUGUUGCAGCUGCUGUUCUUGCUUUUGCUGCUGAGGCAAUCAAGCUUAAGGUAUCCGACAUGGAUAUAACGAGAUUCAAGUGCAGUUACCCAAGCAAUCCAGCUAACAUACUUGGAUACAUGGCCGUGGCGCUCUCGAUAAUCAAUCAAAUAGCUAUUAGUGCGGUAGUUCCAUGUUGUUGCUCCCGAGGAUGCACUGAAAAUGUUCAUACCCGUAAAGGAGUUGUGUGUCUCUCGAUUUCCUGGGUUGGUUAUAUAUUAGGAGUUACUCUCCUAUCAUAUGGUGCUAGUGUAAGUAGUCGUCAACAGAUUUUGGGUGCAACAAGAUUUUGCAUCAUUGUAAAACCUGGCAUAUUUGCCGCCGGCGGAAUUUGCGCACUUGUGGCAGGUAUCCUAGGCUUAUGCUCGUAUAACUCUUUGCCUAAGAACCAUCCACAACUUGCACCAAUUGCUGGUCAAUAUAGUCAAGAUGGCAUUGCUAUGGGAAAUCCACAUUUUUUUCCUAUGACCUCUGGAUACACGAAGCAACAACAAUAUGUCUAAACUUUGAACAAGCUGUUUAUUUGUGAACUUCCGAAUUACUACUAUGUUCUUGUAAGAAUGCUUCUAAUGGAAUUGAUAGCAUAAUUGGUGAUGUGAAAUUUGUACUAACCAUGAAUAUUGAAGUUCUUUUCGCUGUGUGAUUUUAAUUAGUUUAA